AUGGCGGGGCAUUUGGGCCGGGGAGGGGAGCUGGGUCCCCCGGGGGGGUACCCCUUCUCUGCCCAGAGCCGCCUCAGCGCCCCUCACCCAGAGGCGGGGGCAGCGGGGGGCUUCUUGCCGGACCCCUACAGCGCCGGGGUGACUGCCGGCCAGGCCUUUGGCUUCAACCCCGGGGGUCUGGCGGAGGCCCCGGGGGGCGAGCUGCCCCGGAGCUUCUGCCCCUUCCCCACCGGGGGGGAGCCCUGGCCCUUCCCCGGAGGGGGCCCCCUGGGGCCCUCCUAUGGCCUCCCCCAGCCGGGCCAGGCCUUGGCCAGGGCAGAGGUCAAGCUGGAGCCCGACUACCAGCCCCAGCUCUACGGGCCCCAGCAGCGCUACUACCUGCCCCCCGCCGCCCCGGCCAGGGCCAGCCCCGACGACGCCGGAGGGGCCUCCUCCUCCUCCUCGCCCCGGGGACCCCAGCCCCCCUGCAGCCCUGCCGCCAGCCAGCAGCCCCCCGAAGGAGCCAGCCCUUCCAGCAGCGCCAGCCCCCGCAGCCAGGGCAGCCAGAGCCCCGCCGAGGAGCCCCCGGCCCCCGGAGGAGAAGGCCAAGAGGGCAGCGCAGAGGAGGAGGAGAACACAUCCUCUGCAGAAAUGGAACAAUUUGCCAAGGAGCUGAAGCACAAAAGGAUCACGCUGGGCUUCACCCAGGCAGAUGUGGGAAUGGCCCUGGGAUUGUUGUAUGGGAAGAUGUUCAGUCAGACCACCAUCUGCCGCUUUGAAGCUUUGCAGCUCAGCUUGAAGAACAUGUGCAAGCUGAAGCCACUUCUCCAGCGUUGGCUGCAGGAAGCUGACAACAAUCAGAACUUGCAGGAGCAGCUAUGCACCAUGGAGUCGGCCAUGAUCCAGGCUCGGAAGCGCAAACGUACCAGCAUAGAGAACACCGUGCGAGGUGCCCUUGAAGCGUACUUCCGACGCUGCUCCAAACCCACCCUCCAGCAGAUGGUUCAGAUUGCUGAUGAACUUGGCUUGGAGAAAGAUGUUGUCCGUGUCUGGUUCUGUAAUCGUCGCCAGAAGGGCAAGCGCAACACCGGACCUGGCCCUCGGGAUGAAUGUGAUGCUUUUGCUGCCCAUGGCUCACUCCAGGGUCCAUCCCUGGGCCUUGGCCCAGCUCAUCACCAACUGGCCCCACCACCUCAGGGCUUCAGUGCCCCUUUUGCUGCCUUCUAUCUGCCUGCAUUACAUGAGGGGGACCACUUUGUCCCAGCCACCUCUGGCUCUGCAGUUAUGGGCCACCCCAUGCAUUCUAGCUGAAGAGCUCUGUUAACAAGCCCCUCCCUCUGAAAGGUCAAGGAAGAGGUACUCCAGCCACUUUUUAAAGGAAUGGGGAUAACCUUGAUGAGGGGAAGGAGCAGGGGCUAUUGGGUCUCUCGGGUCUCUCUUUUUAAAUAUAAAUCAGGGAUGUGGGUCUUCUUCAGGAUAAUCAGCCUCACUUUUAUUUAGAUAUAAAGAUGUGUUAUCAUGAUUUUAAAUUGAUUUCUCAUUAAGUUCCCAAAGUGAAAGAUGCUUCAUGAAGUUGCAGCCAUUUUAAAAAUAUCUAUCAGCUUUUAAUUUUCUUAGAGCCCUUGGCAUGUGUGGUCCACCCUUACAUUAACAUUUAUAUAAAUUAAUGAAAAAUGAAUCCAAAUAUGGCCCUUCUCUACCGUGGUCUUUGCCCUCCUCUCAAAAAAUGAAAGAAUCUAUCGUUUUAAAGAGUGGGGAUAUAAUGUGCCUUAGAUUCAGCCAACCUUCCCCAGUCAGGCACUCUCCAGAUGUGUUGGACUACAAUUCCCUUGCUAACUUGGUGGUGAUGGGAGUUGUAAUCAAACACACCUGGCAGGUAUCAGGUUGUGGGAGGCUGUUAUGCACUCAAAAGUAACACUCACUGAAAUCAGUAGGGCUCAGAAAUGCUUUGCAGUCCUUACUAGACGCAAAAUGCAUGCAGAUACACAAAACCAGACUGCUUUGAGUUUGUAGCUCAAUGGUUCCAAACCUUUGGUCCUCUGUGUUUUGGACUUCAGCUCCCAGAGGCCUCAGCUAACUUGGCCAACAGUUAGGAAUUAUGGGAGCUAAAGUCCAAACCAUCUGGAAGAUCAAGGUUGGGAACCAAUUGCUUCAGACUGCUUCUCUGUGAAACAAAAAUUAUCAGCCCAUAUAAACUUAAGUUAGAGCUUCCCUCCCUCCUGCCUGCCUGAUAUUCCACAUUAUGCAGGCAGAGCAUCACAUUCUGUCUGUGCAGCUUUGGUGGGUAAUCACCUCUGCCUCUUCUGUUGAAGGAAGCUUCUAAGUGCCAGAUUGUGCCUCAAUGGCCAUUUAGUGGGAGAAGUGUGUAGGGUUUAUGUGUGUGGAUCUGACCAGUGUCUGGAUGCAAUUCUGAAGGUGGGAGGGGAAAAACUGUGUGCAGCGGUGGUGGGGUGUGUGUGGAUAUCAUGUAAGGAAGUACUGAAUGCCUCCUUGUGCAACUAACAUAAAAGCACCUGUGCUGCCUAACCCCAGAGUAUGCAAGUGUGUGCUACCAACAAGAUCUGUGUGUAGAGAAACCUAUUCAGGAAAUAUACAGAAGUGUUCCAGGGUUAGAUUUGAGAACGUGUGAACUAAAGUGAUAGUAGGACUUCACCCAUUUUUCAUUGGUUAUCUUGCCUUGAAGUUUUGUCUAUCUCACUCAUUUGUGAGGUUUUAAAAGCAGUGACUGGGGGAAUAUUGUGUCUCUGAGAAGUAACACCUCCAGAAUUUUAAAAAUCUUUAAAACCUUGACUGUUCCUCAGAAUAGCUUUUAUUCCAGAUCAGGGAUGGGGCAUCUCUGGUCAUCCAGAAGAUGUUGGCUUCAUACUUCUAGACAUCAGACCCAGCUAGCUUGGCCAGUUGUCAGGGAUAACAGGGGUUCUGGUCCAACAUUGUGGAGAUCCACAGGUUUUGUUACCCUUGUUGUAUAUAUGCUGACUUUCUCUCUUGAACCACACGGAAACAGAUAUACAAAGUCAGUUUUAAAAUCCAGUGUGUGUUGUUUGUGGAGAGAUGGAAGCAGGAUUAUGGGUUUGUGUUGUCUCCUCUCCCGUGUCUUGAAAAUUCAAAAUUUGGGGCUGUAACAUAUCUGUAGCCCCUCCUAAAUUGUGUGAUGCAAGAUAUUUAUAUAGCACCUUCCCCCAUGGGUUUAGCAUGAUAUUUGAACUUUCCCUUUCCCUUGCUGUGUUGAAACGACCCUUUUAAGAAAAAAGAAAACUGAAAAGGAGCAAUUUAAGAUCUUCUCCUUCUUUCCUUCCUUCCCUCCUUUCCUAUUUUUUUUUCUUUGCCCUUUUCUGUUAACUAUUUGCUUUGGUGUGGGAGAAGAAUUGUGUGGGUUUUUUAGUUUUUGAACGAUAGCCACUUGAUAUCUGUACUUAUGUUUUAUAAUGUGCUCCUGGCACUCAUAAUUUUUUGCAUGACAUGUUUUGAUCAGAGACCCUUAAUAAA